AUGACCAGUGCGGAAUCCAGACUGAAGGGGGUCAACCAUAGAGUUGGAUUCGACAAAGUUCCAAAGUCUCGGUGCUCAGAAAACUGUGUGCCCGGGUACCGGAAAGGUAUAAGCACACAUAUGUGUUGUUAUAACUGUAUUCCGUGUCCAGAAGGAGAAAUAUCCAAUAUAUCUGAUAGUGAAAAAUGUAUAAAAUGCCCUGAUACUGAAUGGCCCAAUACGAAGAAGAAUCAGUGUUUUCCAAAACUGGAGGAAUUUCUAUCUUACAGCAAUGAUGUACUUUCUGUGAUCUUUUUGUCGAUAUCAUUACUUUUUAUUGUCAUAACUGUAGUUACAUUAGUUAUUUUUAUUUUCUAUCAAGACACACCUAUUGUAAAAGCCAAUAACAAGAACCUCAGCUUCAUCCUCCUGACCUCCAUCUUACUGAGCUUCCUCUGUGUGUUCUUGUUCCUCGGUCGCCCGGUGGAUAUAACCUGCAUUCUGCGUCAGACCUCUUUUGGAAUCAUCUUUUCAAUAGCAGUCUCCUCUAUUUUAACCAAGACAAUCAUGGUUUUCAUUGCUUUCAGUGCCACUAAACCUGGAAGCUCCUGGAAAAGAUGUAUUGGUGUCAAACAGUCUAACCUGCUAGUAGCAAUGUUUUCAUCCAUCCAAGUUCUAAUUAAUAUAAUAUGGUUAGCGAUAUCUCCGCCCUUUCAGGAACUGGACUCUCAUUCUAAUCCAGGCAAGAUCAUCAUUCAGUGUAAUGAAGGUUCCGUUAUUGCCUUCUACUCUGUGCUGGGUUAUAUGGGCCUUCUAGCAGCUGUUAGUUUUAUUGUAGCAUUUUUGGCCAGGACAUUACCGGACAGUUUUAAUGAGGCCAAGUACAUCACCUUCAGUAUGCUGGUGUUCUGCAGUGUUUGGAUUGCAAUGAUCCCGGCCUAUCUGAGCACCAAAGGGAAGUACAUGGUGGCUGUAGAGAUAUUUGAAAAAUUGGCAGCUGCUGUACAUCGAUGGAAACGCUAG